AUGUCUCUGGUCGACACCGCUUCUAAAUACGAAGCCAUUCAGGCUUUUGACCGUAUCCCUAUCGUAGAUUUGGAAGGUCUUUCAAGCACCAGUCCACAGGUUCGAUCAGAGUUAGCCCAUCAAGUUCGGGAUGCAUGUGUCAAUGUUGGUUUUCUCUAUGUAAAGAACCAUGGGAUACCAGAAGACUACAUCCAAAAUGCCCUUGAUGCCAUGAAGCGUUUCUUCGCUCUUUCUCUCGAGAACAAGAUGAAGGUCCAUUUCAAAACAACUCCAAAUUACAAAGGAUAUAGUCCACUGUUGAGCGGUAACAACGAUCCAAAUAACCGCGGUGAUCUUCAAGAAGGUUUUGAAUUUGGUUGGGAAGAAUUUAAUGUUAGGACAGACGAUGAGAAGAGAGCUAAUGAUGGAGUUAUGGCUGGCGUGAAUGUAUGGCCACCCGACCUUCCAGAAUUCCGAGAAGCAGUCCUCAACUAUUAUCAUGCUGCGGUUAAACUCGGUAAAUCAUUGUUUCCCCUUUUCGCUCUCGCACUUGACCUUCCCGAGACCUUUUUUGACGACAAGACGAAGAACUCGGCUGCUAUAAUGCGUACCCUCCAUUAUCCGCCUCAAACGGGUCCCGUAGAUGACAGAAUUAUUGGGAUAGGUGCUCACACAGAUUGGGAGUGCUUCACCAUAUUGUGGCAAGAGCCGGAAAUACAGGCCCUUCAAGUUUUGAAUCGGGACAAGCAGUGGAUUAAUGCUCCUCCUAUCCCGGGGACAUUGGUUAUUAAUCUAGGUGAUCAAUUUGCUCGAUGGACAAAUGAUGUUUUCAAGUCGACCGUUCACCGCGCCAUCAAUCGGAGUGGAGUUCGCCGCUAUUCUAUCCCUCUAUUCUUUGGAACGGAUUAUGACGUGAGACUGGAGCCUAUUUCUACUUGCGUGUCUUCUGAACGGCCGCCAAAGUACGAGGUAGUCAAGGCUGGAGAUUAUAUUAGGACGAAACUCGAAGCCACGUAUGGUCACUAG